ACACUCCUCUUCCUACUUGCAUAAAUACCCCCUCAACCUUUCUGCAUUUUCUCAUCAAUCACCCUCUCACUCUCUCUCUCAUCUUCUCUAACAGAGCUCUGUUUCCCUUUGAUUACUCAGCUUCCUUAACGAGUGAUAUAUACUAUGGCCAAGGACAUUGAAGCUGGCGGUCAAGGUGGGUUCUCCGCCAAGGACUACCACGACCCACCGCCGGCGCCAUUGAUCGAUGCCGAAGAGUUCACCCAGUGGUCCUUCUACAGGGCUAUCAUUGCCGAGUUCAUUGCCACGCUUUUGUUCUUGUACAUCACUGUUUUGACCGUGAUUGGAUACAAGAGCCAGACCGACAGGACCAAGGGCGGCGACGAUUGUGGCGGCGUUGGGAUUCUCGGUAUAGCUUGGGCCUUUGGUGGCAUGAUCUUCGUCCUCGUUUACUGUACAGCCGGCAUUUCAGGAGGACACAUUAACCCGGCGGUGACAUUCGGACUGUUUCUUGCGAGGAAGGUGUCGCUGGUCCGAGCGGUUUUCUAUAUGGCAGCUCAAUGCUUGGGAGCCGUGUGCGGAUGUGGGCUGGUGAAGGCAUUCCAGAAAGCUUACUACAGCAAGUACGGUGGUGGAGCAAACGAGCUUGCUGAUGGGUACAGCAAGGGCACUGGAUUGGCCGCUGAGAUCAUCGGCACCUUCGUCCUUGUCUACACCGUCUUCUCUGCCACCGAUCCCAAGAGAAAUGCCAGAGAUUCCCAUGUCCCUGUCUUGGCACCACUUCCAAUUGGGUUUGCUGUGUUUAUGGUUCAUCUGGCUACCAUUCCAAUCACCGGAACUGGUAUCAAUCCGGCUCGAAGCUUCGGAGCUGCUGUCAUCUACGGCAAGGACAAGGCAUGGGAUGACCAAUGGAUUUUCUGGGUCGGACCAUUCAUUGGUGCUGCUAUUGCUGCAUUCUAUCACCAGUACAUCUUGAGAGCUGGCGCUGCUAAAGCUCUAGGAUCCUUCAGAAGCUCUUCCACCAUAUAAAUUAAGAAGGAAAAGUAAAAGUGUCUCUCACCAAUUUCUGGAAAGAGAAGCAGCACUUUGAUGUGGUUUGGGAGUGUUUAGAGCAGGCUGGAGUCCUGACUUUCUUCUUAUGUUCUGGGCACUCGUUUUAAAUGUGCCCUAAUGUCCCAUUUUCCUAUGUAAUUUUUGUCUUCUCCUUCUGUUCACUGUGUACUCGUGAUGUUACGGGUGAAUUUGUCGGCUAAGGCUAAGUGCUCUGUAUUA